AUGGCGCGAGGGGCGCACGCGCGGACGCGCUCGAUGCGCGCGCUCGCGGUGACGCUGACGCUGACGCUGUCGCGAUGGCGCGUCGGCGCGGCGAUGACGACCGACGGUUUGACGUCGUCGGAUCACCGAUCGCGACGCGCGCGCGGCGACGAGGACGCGCGACGCGCGCGCGGUCGUCCGGCGACGUGGACGGCGUGCGCGGGUCCGUCGCGCGCGGCGCUCGAGCUCGCGUGGCGCGCGGAGACGCACGCGUCGGUGUACGCGACGCCGCUCGCGGAGGACGUCGACCGGGACGGACGAGGCGCGGCGGUGACGCAGACGACGAGCGCGCGCGUUCGAGCGCACGACGGCGCGACGGGAAUCGAUUUAGACGGCGAGAGCUGGGGCGCGCGACUCGGCGCGGCGUCUCGGGGAGGCGUGGUGAGGAUCGGGGAGGCGUACGCGAGCGCGUCGCUGGCGGGCGAGGCGAGGACGUUCGACGGCGAGCGAACGCGCGCGGUCGCGCGAUUAGCGCCGCUGGCGAUGGCGGUGGAUUGGUUCGGUGACGAUGGAUCGGGGAAGAGCGACGCGGGCGAUCCGCGCGAGGUUGAGCGGAGACACGAGGCGAGACGACGCGCGCCGGGAUCGAGGCGGUUGUUGGACGUCGAAGACGAAGACGAAGAGGAAGAGCCGACGACGAUGAGCGCGGAGGAAGAGGCGAGGAGCGAUCGCGGUUGGGACGCGAUCGAUAGUGGCGGUGAUUCGACGCGCGAUGUCGCGAGUGGGUCCGUCGAGGCGCGGCGAGCGGUGGACGGACGAGUCUUCGUGGACGCGCACGCGUUGUGCACGCCCGCCGUCGGCGACGUGGACGGUGACGGCGAACCCGAGCUCGUGCUCGCGGUGUCGUAUUAUUUCGAUUCUUCCGUGCGCUUUGAAGACGACGUCGAUCCGAAGCAGUACGCCGCGACGGCGUUGGUCGUGUUGAACGGCGAGGACUUGUCCACCAAGCGCUCGAUCGCGCUCGAUCAGAGCGCGGCGACGGCGCUGUUCAAAGCCAGAGCGUACGCCCCGCCGACGCUCGUCGAUGUCGACGGCGAUGGACGAUUGGACAUCGUGAUCGGCACGUACGCUGGCGUUUUGCACGUCGUGGACGGCGUUUCGGGGAAUCCCUUGCCGGGAUGGCCUCGACGGCUCGGACAGAUGGAAGCGCAAGUCACCGCCGCGGACGUCGACUCGGAUGGUGACAUCGAACUCAUCGCGUGCGACGUUCGCGGGACGGUGGCGGUGUUUAAAUCGAACGGCGUCGAGCUUUGGAACAAGCACGUCGAGUCUCGGAUUGCCGUCGCGGCGAGCGUAGGAGACGUCGACGGCGACGACGAAAUCGAAAUCGUCGUCGGCGACACCUCUGGCGCCGUGCACGCGUUUCGCGCCAAAGACGGCACCGCACGCGAGCACUGGCCGGUGUACGUGGGCGAUAAAAUUCUCGCCCCGAUCGUGCUCACGAAACUUCGUCAAACAAAACGCGGGCUCGAUGUCAUCGUCGCCACGCACGACGGCGUGGUGCACGUGCUCGAGGGCCGAAGUCGAUGCCGCGACGUCUUUGAUAUCGCCGAAAAGAUUUACGCCGCGCCGUUUGUCACCUCUUUUGCCGGCUUCGGCGAACUCGACGUGAUAAUUUCCACGAUGGAGGGUCACGUGCGCUCGUUCAAGGCGAAAGGGUCAAAGUUUAAUGCGUUGGCGUUGACGUCGAGCGAUCACGUGUCUCGCUACGAUUAUUUCGGUGUGGCGCUGUACGAUCGCACUUAUCGCGUCAUUCGUGGAACGUACGUUGAUGUGGUUUAUGAAAUCAUCGAUAGACGCGUGCUCGAUCACGCCAAGGCGAGGAAAUCGUCGCUCGCGCCGUACAAGGUUGCGAUUACGGUGACGAGUUUGGAUGGUUUCAAGAAGAUCGUCUCCGCUCGACACGAUCGCGCCGGUCGGUACACGCUUCGGGUGGGCGUUCCAUCGACGAAAACGCGCGGGGAGAUCCGAGUGCGCGUUCAAGAUGUCAACUUGAUCGCCGACGAAGACGCGUAUUCGGUUUCGUUUCACGAAAAUUACGAGAUCGCCUUGAAAUGGCUCGUCGCCCUACCGUUUCUUCUCGCGAGCGCGGCGGCGAUUCGGCGCGCGAGCGAAGACGCGCUCGAGAUGGAUGUCUUUGGCGCGUCAGCCUCGAUUCCAACCACCACGAAGGGGAUGCACGAGGAAUAG